UUGAGUUGUGUGUGCGGAACUAGGGUUUGGUUGUGCGGAGUAGAAGAUGGCGAAGUUCAACGUGGUUCAGAAAAGAAGAAGAGCUCUUGUUGCAGAGAGAAAGAGACAAAUUCACGGCGACCCAACCACCGGAAAGCUUAAGAUCAGGAAGCAGAACGUUUCUCUUUCCGGCAAACGCAAGCGCAAGCUCUUCAAACAAUGGCGUCGGGAACAAAAGGAGGCCUUAGAGAGUGGCAUAGUAAGCAUGGAAGACGUGCAAAUGGCUGUUGCAAAAGGGGAAAGCAAGGAUAGCACUGCUUCAUCUUCAGGAAAAUUUCACUUGAAAAAGGGUUUGAAACUUAAACAGCUUAAGGGUAAAGGGAAGAACAAAAGAAAAUCUGAUGUACCAGCAGCCGAAAUAUCAGCUGAUGCAAAUGCAAUGAUGGAAUAAUUUUUGUGGUCUGCUUGGUAGGUAGGAGAAUAGAAAAGACAAAAAUGUGAUGGCAUUAUGUUGUAAACUUGAACUGAGGGAUUUGCAGGCCAUCUCAAUAUUUUCCUUUUUUACUUUUGUAUGGUAAAAGAAUGGAAGUUUUGAUUUAAUAGUUUGAGUUGUUAAAUUGCUGUCAUGUUCCUAGAA